AGUAGAAACGAGAGAGUCAGUUUAUUCGCUGUUGGAUACUAAUCCGAUACAAAGGUGGAGCUCGUCGUUUCUGACAUAUAUUUCUUUGCCGAAAAACGACUUGGUGAGACACACGGCGGAUUUUCCACAAUAAGAAGAAAAGAAAGGAUAACAUGUCGGUCAACUUCAGGAGCGUCUUCAUAAGCGAUCCCGUAGAUGAGUCUUGUGGCGCGUUAUUAACCGAGCACGGAAUUUCGGUUACCACGAAAUAUAAGCUGUCCAAGGAUGAGCUGAUCAAGGAGUUACAGAAUCACGACGGUCUUAUUGUUCGAUCUGAAACCAAAGUCACGGCGGACGUUAUCGCCGCCUGUUCGAACCUCCGUGUGAUCGGACGAGCCGGUACCGGCGUCGACAACAUAGAUCUUCAAGCUGCUACGCGUAAAGGAAUCAUCGUACUGAACACUCCGGGCGGCAACAGCAUUAGUGCUUGCGAGCUAACAUGCGCUCUGAUCUCCGCGCUCGCGCGCAACGUGGCGCAAGCCGUGCAAUCGUUGAAAGAAGGUCGAUGGGAUCGGAAACUGUAUUCCGGAUUCGAGCUGUCUGGCAAAACCCUAGGAAUCCUUGGAAUGGGCCGCAUAGGCCGCGAAGUGGCCCACAGAAUGAAAAGCUUCGGCAUGAAUAUCGUCGCGUUCGAUCCCAUCCUUAAGCCCGAAGUCGCUGAUCAGCUUGAUGUUACGAAGAUGAGUCUGGACGAGAUAUGGCCUGUAGCCGACUACAUCACCGUCCACACGCCUCUCAUACCGCAAACCAGAAAUCUGAUUAACGCGACGACCUUGGCAAAAUGCAAGAAAGGCGUGUGUAUCAUUAAUGUAGCACGUGGUGGCAUUGUUGAUGAGGAAGCUCUCUUAAAUUCAUUGAAAUCCGGCCACUGUGGCGGAGCGGCUUUGGAUGUCUUUGUGGAAGAACCGCCGAAGAAUCCGAUUACUCUGGAGCUCAUUAAACAUCCGAAAGUCAUCGCGACACCUCAUCUUGGUGCUAGUACGGCGGAAGCCCAGCAACGAGUGGCGGUGGAGAUCGCACAGCAAUUUUUGGCUCUGUCCGGCAAAUCGACAGAGUAUACCGUCACCGGUAUUGUAAACGCUCCGGUCUUAUCGGCCGCCAUGACUAACGAGAAUGAACCCUGGAUAGAAUUGUCCAAGAAAUUGGGUCAAUUGGCCGGUCGUUUUCUCAAGGGCGAGCUGCACACUAUUAUUCACAGCCAGACUGUGGGAAGAAACAUGCAGGACAAACAGUUCAUACACACGGCCGUUUUAGUCGGCAUAUUAACCGGUCAGACGAAAAACGGCCUUAACUUGGUCAACGCGCCCACCUUGGCGCAAGAGAUCGGCGUGGAGUUGCACGAGAGCCACGUCGACGACGAAAACAAAGCGGUCGUCGUGAAAGUCGGAGAGCACAUGAUCAAAGGGACCGUACGCGACAAUGAAUUGCUGCUGCUCGCUCUCGAUGACGCCGUUUUCGUAAACGGCAUUGCGCUAAGAGAUCACAUGUGCCUGUAUCGUUCAAGCCGGGUGCAGGACAUGGCUAAUAUCGUGAACGUUUUCUCGUCGAAGGGUAUUAACAUUAACAACUUGAGCGCGAAUGGCAGCUGGUUGAUCAUUCAAACUAAUCAAGAAGUCGCGAUCGUAAUAGACGAAAUCGAGAGUUUUUAAGCGCGAUCUUCUGAGAAAAAUGCAACGAUAUUGAGCAGAAACAAAAGAAAGAAAAGUUCAGUAUUGUCUAAUUGAUAGAAAUACAAAGAGGUAUGUUUAGAAAGAUAUGUUUAUAUUCACCGCUUUAUAAUCAUGUCUUUCGAACAAUACUAUAAUAUAUCGAAGAGAUCCCUAUUCGUGGUGUCAAUAUUUAUUA